AUGGAUGAUGAAAGUGCUUCAUUUUUACCUAAAUUUGCUUUGCAAUUCCUUAGUUUUUUCCUUUCUUCUUUCUAUCGGUUAGUGACGGAUCGACCCUUUCUUUGCUUUUUGGUCAAACUAAUGCCAUGCCUUUGCUUUGCAUUUAUGUAUUUCUUCUAUUCCUUUCAAGUUUAUGUUGGUGUUGUGCAAACAUUGGACAUAGUUGCUGAGAAUCGAGACAAGUUAAGAGUUGUGGCACUUGCAACAGCUUCAAUUGUCGCUCUUCUUACUGACCAGGUGUUCAUUCAGAGUUUUGGAAGUUUAUCAUCAUAUUUAUCAUGCAGAUCAAGACAUUCAAAAUUCAGUUGCUAUUAG